AUGUAUCGAUUUACUAACAUUUAUUAUUAUGAAAACAAAAUUAUGUGCAAUAUAAUUUUACACAUGGGUUCAUUUUUACGUACAGUUAUUAACUCAAUCAAAGAUGAAAAGGUUAAGAGAUCUUUAUUGGGAAGUACCAAUGAAGAACAAGCUUCUGUUUUGAAAUGGUUGUCUUUUACCAAUUCCGACUUUUUGGACUCUGUUACAAAAGUUUUUUGUAUAGUUACCUGUCAGGUUCCAUUUAACAAAAAGGCUUUGGAUGCUGCCUAUGCUGCUUUGGAUACCCAAGCCAGUAUUUUUGAAACCAGAUUAACCGACUACACAUACUUGGUUAAUGAACACAUCACUUUGGCUGAUAUUUUUACUGCUGCUGCUUUCACAUUCCCAUUUUCCACUGUUAUUGGUGCUGAAUGGAGAAAAUCACAUCCAGCCAUUGUUAAAUGGUUUAAUACUGUUAUUCAAGAACCAAUUUUUAAAGAUAGUUUUUAUUAUGAUUAUCCAAUUGUUAAACCAUUUGAAUCGAAGCUAGGACGUUCUUUGUCAUUAUUACUUAAAGCCACUUUUUUGUAUUUGAAAAAAUGGAAGAGAAAAUAUUCCAAUGAAGAUACUAGACCAGUUGCUUUACCAUGGUUCUGGGAACAUUAUAACCCAGAAGAAUACUCUAUCUGGAAAGUUGCUUACAAGUAUAACGAUGAAUUGACCAUGACAUUUAUGUCUAACAACUUGGUUGGUGGUUUUUUCAACAGAUUGAGUGGUUCUGUUAAAUACAUGUUUGGUUGUUUAGUUGUUUACGGUGAAAACAACAACAAUGGUAUUAUUGGUGCUAUUUUAAUCAAGGGUCAAAAUUUCAAACCAGCUUUUGAUGUUGCUCCAGAUUGGGAAUCCUACUCUUAUGAAAAGUUGGACCCAGUGAACAAACCAGAAGACAAGGAAUUUGUCAAUGACAUGUGGGCUUGGGACAAACCAGUUGUUAUUAAUGGUGAAACCAGAGAAAUUGCUGAUGGUAAAGUUUUGAAAUGA